AACACGUAUUUUGAGUCAGUUCGAUUAGUGAGCUCGGUCGGAUUCGUUCAAUGUUCGCUGGCGAGUGCUAUCCGAUGGACUUCAUAUCAAUACGCAUUUAAGACAAACGAAUACAUACACAAAGGGAUCAGUGAUUUUUUGUGUACUAAUGUAUUUCCACGUGCAACGUUAACGAUCCACAGAAACUACCUUCAAAGCGGCAAGAAUGCAGCUAAAAUCGAUUUUAUGGUGUUUAUGUGCGGUGGUGGUGUCGUUGGGGCCCAAAACAAUAAACGCCGAAUGUUCGACUUCCCAGUUUGAGUGCGACAACGGCAGUUGCAUAUCGCAAUUCGAUGUUUGCAAUGGCGUGAAGAACUGCCCGGACGGAUCGGACGAGACACCGUCGACGUGUAUCUCCCAGCGGCAGCACUGCUUGAAGCCCUACUUCCAGUGCAGCUACGGGGCAUGCGUCAUAGGCACAGCAGGAUGCAACGGAGUCAGCGAUUGUGCGGAUGGCUCGGAUGAGACGCUGAUGCGCUGUGGCAACGAGGACGAUCUGCGACAGUACGAUCGCCUUUUGCAGGGAAAUUGCCAGGAUGACGAGAUCAAGUGCCCGUCUGGCAUAUGCCUGGACAAGCGCGAAACUCUAUGUGACGGCAAGGACGACUGCGGUGACGGCACCGGCUUCGAUGAGUCGGUGGAUUUGUGCGGGCACCUGGAGUGUCCGGGCUACUCCUUCAAGUGCGGCACUGGUGGCUGCAUUUCGGGAUCACUGAGUUGCAAUGGGGAGAACGAUUGCUUCGAUGGAUCGGACGAGGCGCCACUGUUGUGUAAUACAACGAAGAAGGUGACGACUCCUACCUCGGUUGCCAUACCCUUGGAGCAGCUGGGCUGCUCCCUGCCGCUGGGAGACGAACGUCCCAUUCUAAAGGAUCAUUAUGGUCGCAUUCUGGCCCCGCCGAUCACCAGGGCCACCGUUUACUUCUCCUGCAACCCCGGCUACAUAUUGGUGGGCGACGAAUCCAGUCACUGCGCCAACAGAAAGUGGAGUUCCGAGACAGAGCCGAAGUGCGUGAAAUACUGCGACUCGAAGGGCGAGUUCGAUGGCUACUCCACCAAGGCCAUAUGCACUUCAGCUGGACAGAAUGUCGACUGCAGUCAGCGCUAUCAUCCGCCAGGCACCGAGGUUAAGUUUGUGUGUGCCACCGGCUUUCAGACACUCAGCACCAUUCUGCCGGAGAUGAAGUGCAUGAAGGGGGGAUACUGGAACCGGCAGCGGCAACGCUGCGACCAGGAGUGUGGCCGGAUAGCCACUCCAAUCAAGAGCUUCUCGGCCAACGGGUACACCAUCAACAACACGGUGGUCCCAUGGCAUGUGGGCCUCUACGUCUGGCACGACGAGAAGAACUACAACUUCAAGUGUGGCGGCUCGCUGCUCACCCCAGACCUAGUCAUCACGGCUGCCCACUGCGUGUACGAUGAAGCGGCACGACGCGCCUACAGCUAUGACACGUUCCGCGUGAUCGCAGCCAAGUUUUAUCGUAACUACCAGAAUACCACCAGCGAUGACCGCCGGCAGGACGUGCGGGACAUUAUUAUAGCACCUGGCUACAAGGGCAGGACGGAUAACUACUACAACGAUCUGGCCUUGCUGGUGCUGGCUGAACCCUUCGAGCUCAGCAACGUCAUUCGGCCCAUCUGCGUCCAUUUCUCACUCUUUGCCGAGAAGGAGACGAUCAAUAACGAUGUGCAGGGCAAAUUCGCGGGUUGGAGCAUCGAGGAUAAGCGCGAGCUGCAGUUUGUGCCUGCAGUGUCCAAGAUGAACUCCGUGUGCCUGCAAAAUCUCAGGGACAUUCAUCCGGACAAGUUUUGCAUAUUCACGCAGGGCAAGUCGCUGGCGUGUCAGGGCGACAGUGGCGGCGGAUUCACCGCCGUCCGCCAGUCCAACGCGUUCUCCCGUGACACCUCUCGCCAUUUCCUGUAUGGCGUCAUCAGCAAUGCACCCAAUGCAGACCAGUGCGCCCACAGUCUGACGAUACUGACCAACAUACAGCACUUUGAGGAAAUAAUUACAACAGCGAUCAAAACUAGCAUAAAUACCAGAUCGUGAGCUGUGCCCAUAUUUACAUAUCUAC